GGUAUAUCCUACGACGUGUAAUGUUUGGUACAAACGAGUAUCUUCCUCUUGCAAAUUUAUUUAUUAUUCUUUGAUUUUCUGGUUAAAACCCGCCAGAAGUUUCAAAUUUUGCGGUUCACCUUACUAUUAAACACCCUAUAAGGCUAUAAGCUUCCUUCAUGUCCCUAUAGCCUCUACAAAACCCCAAUUCUCAUUACAAAAGGAGGUGAGUUGUUACGGUUUUCGAUCAAUUAAAAGAGAGCCCUUUUUUGUUCUUAUUUUUUCUCCUUUUAAUGUCCAAAAUUUGGAACCCCAUUUGAUUUUUCCGUUAAUUUUAAAAACCCACAUCAAAAUUGGAUAUAAAAACGCCAAAAAAUUUUCCUUCUAAUUGUGGGUGAGAAUGGAUAGAAGUGAUAUAUAUAGAGCUAAUAGUAGCAGACGAGUUAGUAGUAGCAGACGAUUAGGGAGCAUAAGAGGAAGUCGCAGUGUAAGAACAGGCAUUGAUAUUUUCUCAAAAUCUACUCGUGAAGAAAGCGAUGAAGAAGCUCUUAAAUGGGCUGCUCUUGAAAAACUACCCACCUUUGACCGUUUGAAGAAAGGUCUUUUGUUUGGAUCAACUGGACAAACAACAGAGAUCGAUAUUGAUAAUCUUGGAGUUGCAGAGCGAAAACAGUUACUUGAUCGGCUUGUUAAUGCUGCAGAUGAAGAUAAUGAGCAGUUCUUGACGAGGCUCAGAAAUAGAAUUGAUAGGGUUGGGAUUGAAUUGCCAACGAUUGAAGUCAGAUAUGAGCAUCUGACUGUGGAGGCGGAUAUUAAUACAGGAAGCAGAGCUCUUCCUAGUUUUAUCAAUUUCUACCUUGAUAUCGCAGAGGGUUUCUUGAGUUAUUUUCAUGUGAUACGGAAUACGAAAAGGCAUAUAACUAUCCUUGAUGAUGUUAGUGGAGUAAUUAAACCUGGCAGAAUGACAUUACUUUUGGGUCCUCCAAGUUCGGGGAAGACAACGUUGUUGUUAGCCUUAGCUGGGCGUCUUGGUAAGGGACUUCAGAGCACUGGAAAGGUGACGUACAAUGGUCACGAGUUGCAUGAGUUUGUACCUGAGAGAACAUCUGCUUAUAUCAGUCAAAACGAUGUUCACAUUGGAGUAUUGACUGUUAGAGAAACAUUGGCUUUCUCUGCCCGAUGCCAAGGGGUUGGAUCACGUUAUGAGAUGUUGGCUGAAUUGUCAAGAAGAGAAAAAAGCGCAAACGUUAAACCGGAUCCUGAUAUUGAUAUCUAUAUGAAGGCUGCUGCAGCGGAAGGUCAAGAAGCUAGUGUCGUCACGGAUUACACUCUCAAGAUAUUGGGGUUAGAGGAGUGUGCAGAUACGAUGGUAGGAGAUGGGAUGAGAAGAGGUAUAUCUGGUGGCCAAAGAAAGCGUGUUACAACAGGUGAAAUUAUCGUUGGACCUUCGAAUGUUCUCCUAAUGGAUGAAAUAUCUACUGGUUUGGAUAGUUCAACAACAUUCCAAAUAGUGAAUUCUUUUAAGCAAUAUGUUCAUAUUCUUGAAGCCACAGCGCUCAUAUCACUUCUCCAACCUGCACCAGAGACAUACAAUUUGUUUGAUGACAUUGUGCUUUUGAGCGAUGGACAGAUCGUGUAUCAGGGUCCACGUGAAAAUGUGCUUGAGUUUUUUGAAACUAUGGGGUUCCGCUGCCCUGAGAGGAAAGGUGUUGCUGAUUUCCUGCAAGAAGUGACAUCAAAGAAAGAUCAGGAACAAUAUUGGACAAGAAGACACGAUGAUUAUAGAUUUGUGACACCAAAGGAAUUUGCUCAAGCAUAUGAAUCAUUUCAUGUAGGACAACGCCUAAGAAACGGACUUGCAAUCCCGUAUGACAAAAGCAAAAGCCAUCCUGCAGCUCUUACAAACAAGAAGUUUGGUUUAAACAAGAAGGAGCUCUUGAAAGCUUGUGUCGAUAGAGAAAUAUUGCUCAUGAAAAGACACUCAUUCAUCUACAUUUUCAAAAUAACACAACUAACUAUUAUGGCGGUUAUCACCAUGACUGUGUUUCUCCGAACUAACAUGCAUAGAUCUGGGCUCGAAGAUGGAGAACUAUACAUUGGUGCUUUGUUCUUUGGUGUCACAAUGAUCAUGUUUAAUGGGUUGGCUGAGAUUGCUAUGACGAUUGCAAAGCUCCCAGUAUUCUACAGGCAACGGGAUUUCCAAUUCUAUCCGACAUGGGCGUAUGCUAUUCCAACUUGGAUUAUAAAGAUUCCGAUUUCGAUUGUGGAAGCCGCGAUUUGGACAAUACUCACUUACUAUGUAAUAGGAUUUGAUCCCAACUUUUGGAGAUUUCUCAAGCAUUUCUUACUGCUCGUGGUCAUUAACCAGAUGGCUUCUGCAUUAUUUCGAUUGAUCGCGGCCGCAGGCCGCAACUUGAUUGUUGCAAACACAUUUGGUGCAUUUGCACUCCUUAUUCUCUUUGCUUUGGGUGGAUUCGUCUUAUCACGAGACCAAGUAAAAAAUUGGUGGAUUUGGGGAUACUGGUCAUCACCAAUGAUGUAUGCUCUGAAUGGAAUCGUGGUAAAUGAGUUUCUCGGACAUAAGUUUAACAAGCCUUUCGGCAGUUCAACACUGGGGAGAUUUAUCGUUACUUAUGAAGGAUUGUUCGCGGAAACUUACUGGUAUUGGAUUGCAUUUGGGGCUCUGAUUGGGUUCAUGUUAAUCUUCAAUUUGUGUUACGUGCUGUGUUUACAAUUUCUUGACCCUUAUGAUAAAACCCAAGCAAAUGCAACAGAACACACAGAAAGUGAUGUGGUACCCGUUGAGUUAUCGUCCAUGGCCACAAACGGCAGAAAUAAAAACAAGAAAAAAGGAAUGAUACUUCCAUUCGAACCACAUUGUAUCACGUUUGAUAAUAUCAAGUACUCCGUUAAUAUGCCACAGGAAAUGAAAGAGCAAGGUGUUAGUGAAGAUCGAUUGGUGUUGCUCAAGAGUUUGAGUGGAGCUUUUCGACCUGGUGUUCUUACCGCGCUAAUGGGGGUUAGUGGUGCUGGUAAAACUACGCUUAUGGACGUUCUUGCAGGUAGAAAAACAGGAGGACUAAUAGAAGGUGACAUCCGAAUAUCUGGGUAUCCAAAGAAACAAGAAACAUUUGCUCGGAUUUCAGGGUAUUGUGAACAAAACGACAUCCAUUCUCCUCAUGUUACAGUUUAUGAAUCUUUGAUCUACUCGGCAUGGCUACGGUUGGCAGCUGAUGUUAACGAAAACACCAGAAAGAUGUUUGUUGAUGAGGUGAUGGAACUUGUGGAACUGAAUCCAUUGAGAGAUGCAUUAGUAGGGUUGCCGGGGGUCAACGGGCUAUCAACUGAACAGAGAAAGCGGUUAACCAUAGCAGUUGAGCUGGUGGCUAACCCAUCUAUAAUAUUUAUGGAUGAACCAACUUCCGGUCUUGAUGCUAGAGCGGCUGCUAUUGUGAUGAGAACUGUUAGGAACACGGUGGACACGGGGAGAACAGUUGUGUGUACAAUUCAUCAGCCAAGCAUUGAUAUAUUUGAAGCUUUUGAUGAGUUAUUCUUAAUGAAAAGAGGAGGAAAGGAGAUAUAUGUUGGACCCGUUGGUCGUAACUCUUGCGAAUUGAUCAAGUACUUUGAGGAUAUUGAGGGGGUUAGUAAAAUUAAAGAUGGUUAUAACCCUGCAACUUGGAUGUUGGAAGUCAGUACUUCGUCCCAAGAACAAGCUUUGGGAUUCGAUUUCAGUGACAUCUACAAGAAUUCGGAACUUUAUGGGAGAAACAAAGCUCUUAUUGCCGAACUAAGUGAACCACGCCCUGGUUCCAGCGACCUUCAUUUCACUACUCAAUUCUCGCAGCCGUUCUUCGUUCAAUGUCGUGCAUGUCUAUGGAAACAACGAUGCUCAUAUUGGAGGAACCAGCCUUACACUGCUGUUCGUUUCUCCUUCACCACCAUCACUGCACUCAUGCUGGGAUCUAUGUUCUGGGAUCUUGGAGGUAAAAGGGACACCUUGCAAAAUUUGAAUGACGCGAUGGGUUGUCUCUAUACAUCGGUUCUCUUCUUAGGAAUCGUAUACGCAUCCUCGGUGCAGCCUGUGGUGGACAUAGAACGAACUGUGUUUUAUAGAGAACGAGCUGCUGGAAUGUAUUCUGCAUUGCCGUAUGCUUUUGCUCAGGUUGUUGUGGAAAUCCCCUAUAUCUUUUCCCAAGCUGUGGUUUUCGGGCUUAUAGUGUAUGCAAUGAUUGGAUUUGAUUGGACGGUUGUAAAAUUCUUUUGGUUCAUGUUCAUCAUGUUCUGUUGCUUGCUCUACAUGACAUACUUCGGUAUGAUGUCGGUCGCAGUCACACCGAAUACGGAGAUCGCUUCCGUUGUUGCUGCUGCGUUUUAUGGGCUCUGGAAUCUCUUCUCGGGAUACAUCAUCCCAGAACCUAAAAUUCCGGUGUGGUGGAGAUGGUACUACUGGGCAGAUCCGAUGGCAUGGACACAAUACGGUCUGGUUGUUUCGCAGUUAGGGGACUUUGACAGCCUGCUCAACAAUGGGGAGACAGUGAAGGAGUACUUGCGUCAUUAUUAUGGAUUUAAACACGACUUCAUUGGUGUUGUGGCGGGUGUUCAUGUGGGAUUCGUGGUUAUUUUUGCAGUUAUAUUUUCAUUUUGUAUCAAGUCCUUCAAUUUCCAAAAGAGAUAGAACUCCAUUGUCAAGGGAGAAAUAAUAUUGUUUGAAUAAAACGAUUUAUGAUCGAGUUAUCUCAUAUAAGUCAUUGAUUACAAUUGAGAUCAAUUGGUGUAAGAUUAGUUAUCUCAUAUAAGUCAUUGAUUACAGUUGAGAUCAAUUGGUGUAAGAUUAGUCAAACAUUCUGAAAUUCUACAAUUCCCUUUUGUUUUGUAUUUAAAGUGAAAAACAUUAUGUGGAA